AUGAUACAACUAAAGACGCUCCUUAAUUGCAUCGACAAUUCCGGAGCCGCCAUCGUCGAAUGCGUCCAGGUCAUGAGAAAAAAGACCCAGCAUGCGCGCAUAGGUGACCGAAUCAUCGUCGUUGUGCAGAAACAGAGGUCCUUUGGCGCCGACAACCCUGGCGGAUCGAGUCUGGGCAUUGCGAACAAGGUGCGAAGAGGCGACAUUCGACAUGCCGUCGUGGUGCGAGCAAAGAAGGAGAUACAACGAAAAGACGGGAGUCUGAUCAGAUUUGACGACAACGCAUGUGUCCUCAUCAACAGAAACGGAGAUCCUAUCGGUACCCGACUGUCAAGCAUGGUGGGAGCCGAGCUGCGAGACAAGAAAUGGUCUAAGAUUCUUUCACUGGCGCCUUUGCACAUCUAA